GACUCAAUAUGGCGACGCUGGAGGUUGAGCAGAGAAAACUCGGCCGAAGUUCCUCCGAAAAACAAACCUGAGCGGGCAGCGCGGCGGCGGGGCUUCCCUCACCGAGACACCGGGGCGUCGGCGCGGACUGAUGCCGGUUCGCUCCGUGGAUAAUUCAGCAGAUUUUCCGAGGUCGCUUUCCGGAGCGGAGUGUCGGAGCGGGCGCCGAGGCUGUCAGCGGCGCGGGUCCGGCUCUGAGGCGCUCUCCGCGGGUAUGGUGGCCGAGGCGGCCGCGGCGCUGCGGAGUUAAGCGGUUCUCGAUCGGAGGGUGUGCGGGGCCGAGGCUGCGGGGCUCUGUGAGGAGAGCAGGCGGAGGCCGCCGCCAUGUAUUUCCUGACCGGCUGGCCGCGGAGGCUGCUGUGCCCGCUGCGCAGUGAGGAGCAGCCCUUUCACCUGCAGCCCAGCCAGCACAGACUCUACUUCGCCGUGCUGGCGCACACGCAGCUCAGCGUCUGGUUCAGCCGGCCCAGUGUUCUGGUGGUGAGUUAUAUUGAAUCAGCGAAAGCGGCGGCUCAGUUUGGGUUCUACCAGCAGGCUGAAUGGAAACCGGACGACUCUAUGAUCGCAGUGGCGGCUGCCAAUGGAUACGUUCUCCUGUUUGACGUCAUCGGAGGAGGAGACGACAAAUACCUGUACGAACCCGUCUAUCCGAAAGGGAGUCCGAGGGUGAAGGUGACUCCCAGCUACAAAGAGGAACAGUGCGCUCCUGCCCUCAGUCUGGAAAUGAAGAAACCAGUCGACCUUGAAGCUCCGAUUACCAGUCUGCAGUCUCUGCAGGAGGACCUGUUGGUGUGCACGGCGGAUGGUUACCUCCACAUGCUGCACUGGGACGGCGUGAGGAACGGCCGGAGAGCCGUGAACCUCUGCACCAUCCCCUUCUCCCUCGAUCUGCAGUCGUCCCGCGGUGGUCCUUGUUUGGACCUGAACGGGGUCUACGUCAGAGAUAUGGAGUACUGUGCGACUCUCGAUGGCUUUGCUGUCGUUUUUGACGACGGAAGACUCGGCUUCAUCACACCCACCGCCAACAGGUUCUCCACAGAGCAGUUGCAGGGCGUCUGGGCUGCAGAUGUGAUGGACGGCACAUGUGUGGCAGUCAAUAAUAAAUACAGACUGAUGGCCUUCGGCUGUGCGAGUGGCUCUGUGUUGGUCUACAUGAUCGACAGCACUACAGGAUCAAUGCAGCUGUCACACAAAUUGGAGUUAACCCCCAAACACUACCCAGAUAUCUGGAAUAAAACAGGCCCUGUGAAGAUGAUCCGGUGGUCGCCAGACUGCAGUGUUGUCAUGGUUACGUGGGAGUGUGGAGGCCUCUCUCUGUGGAGUGUGUUUGGAGCUCAUCUCAUCUGCACGCUCGGAGAGGACUUCGCGUAUCGUUCAGACGGCACUAAGAAGGAUCCACUAAAGAUCAGCUCUAUGAGCUGGGGGGCGGAGGGCUAUCACCUGUGGGUGAUCGGCAGCACAGAGGCACGAGAAGACGGGUCUCCACAGUUACGGCAGGCGUCCAUCCUGCAGUUUCAGUUCAUUAAGAGCGCUCUCACAGUCAACCCCUGCACGAGUAAUCAGGAGCAGGUGUUGCUGCAUGGAGAGGACAGGCUGUUUCUGACCUGUGGUGAUGCGGCGCAGGCCCACAGUCCAGCGGAGCCGCUCCGGGACAGCAGCCCCCUGCACCGGCCACACGCCACCCCCCCUCUCUCUCAGGGUCUCAGCACUUUACUGGGCCACAAGCAUUGGCAUGUGGUCCAGAUUCACAGCACAUAUCUAGAGAGCAACUGGCCAAUACGCUUUGCAGCCAUCGACUCAGCAGGACAGUGUUUGGCGGUGGCAGGGAGGCGCGGUUUUGCACACUACUCCUUAUUCACCAGGAAAUGGAAACUGUUUGGGAAUAUUACCCAGGAGCAGAGUAUGACUGUGACGGGAGGGCUCGCCUGGUGGAACGACUUUGUCAUUGUUGCCUGUUACAAUUUCAUUGACCAGCAAGAGGAGCUGAGGUUGUAUCACCGCUCCUGUAACCUUGACAACGCGUUCGCGAGCAUCACGAAGCUGCACGCCGAAACGCUGCUGCUGAACGUGUUCAAGAACAUGGUGAUCCUCUUCCGCACAGACUGCUCCAUCUGCCUGUACAGCAUCGAGAAGAAGCAGGACAGUCCCAAUCCCUCAGCGAGCGUGGAGCUGUUACAGGAAGUCUCCAUGUCUCGUUAUAUCCCUCACCCCGGCCUGGUAGUGUCCGUCACUCUGACCUCAGUCCGCACCGAGACGGGCAUCUCCCUCAAAGCCCCACAGCAGGCCUGUACGGCAGAGAGCAUAUUGUUGAAUCUGGCCGGUCAGCUCAUCAUGCUACAGAGAGACCGUUCUGGCCCGCAGGUACGAGAGAAGGACACAACGUCCAAUCAGAAAAAGCUGCUGCCGUUCUGCCCACCAGUGGUUCUGGCCCAGUGUGUGGAGAAUGUGUGGACCACGUGCCGCACAAAUCGCAAAAAACGCCACCUAGUGGAGGCAUUGUGGCUGUCGUGUGGCGAGGCUGGGAUGAAGGUGUGGCUGCCUCUGUUCCCAAGAGACCACCGAAAGCCCCACUCGUUCCUGUCCCGCAGGAUCAUGCUCCCCUUCCUCCUCAACAUCUACCCGCUGGCUGUGCUGUUCGAGGACGCCCUCGUUCUGGGCGCCACAAACGAAACUCUGCUCUACGACAACCUCGGAGCGAACUCUUCUGCAGAGGAGCCGCUGGAGUCCCUGUUUCCGUUCUGCACGGUGGAACGUACCUCUCAGAUCUACCUCCACCACCUGCUGCGGCAGCUGCUGGUGCGUAACCUGGGCGAGCAGGCUCUGAUGCUGGCCCAGUCCUGCUCCUCGCUACCCUACUUCUCCCACGUUCUGGAGCUGAUGGUUCACGUGGUGCUGGAGGAGGAGGCCACUUCCCGAGAGCCCAUCCCGGACCCGCUGCUGCCCACAGUGGCCAAAUUCAUUACAGAGUUCCCCCUGUUCCUGCGUACCAUUGUGCACUGUGCAAGAAAAACGGAGUUUGCCCUCUGGAACUACCUGUUCGCUGCCGUCGGCAACCCCAAAGACCUGUUCGAGGAGUGCCUGAUGGCCCAGGACCUGGACACGGCCGCAUCGUAUCUCAUCAUACUGCAGAACAUGGAGGUUCCGGCGGUGAGCCGGCAGCACGCCACCCUGCUCUUCAACACUGCUCUCGAACAGGGCAAGUGGGACCUCUGCCGUCACAUGAUCAGAUUCCUCAAGGCCAUUGGCUCAGGGGAGAGCGAGACUCCGCCCAGCACACCUACCACUCAGGAGCCGAGCUCCACGGGAGGAUUCGAGUUCUUCCGGAAUCGGAGCAUCAGUCUGUCUCAGUCUGCGGACAGCGUCUCCACCGGCAAAUUCAACCUGCAGAAAACCUUCAGCAUGCCUUCAGGACCCUCCGCUAAAGGUAAGGACAGCGAGAGUGCUGAGAACAUGUACAUUGACAUGAUGCUGUGGCGUCACGCGCGGCGGCUGCUGGAGCAGGUGCGUCUGAAGGACCUGGGCUGUUUCGCUGCUCAGCUGGGCUUCGAGCUGAUUGGCUGGCUGUGCCGAGAGCGCAUGCGCGUGGCCCGCGUCGAGGACUUCGUCACCGCGCUCAAACGCCUGCACGAGGACUUCCUGUGGCCGUUUCCGGUCAUCCCCGCCGGCUCCAUCAGCUCGCCGUUCAAGAACGGACGCUGCCGCACAGUGUUAAGUACUCGUCUGUUGAAGUCUCAGUCCGCUGACAGUUUGCUGAACAGUGAAAUGGACACAGCGCCCCCUCAGGUCACCAGAAACAAUCACAGUUGGCUUGAUGGUCUGGGGGUGGCGCCAAAGGAGAUGGACUCCGCCUCCUCCCAUGGAGCUCCGCAAACCCAGGAGGCUUUCCUCUCUCCACUCAUCAACAAAACGGAGGAGUGCAGUAUUGGUUCAGCCACGGACCUGACAGAGACCAGCUCCAUGGUGGAUGGUGAUUGGACGAUGGUGGAUGAAAACUUCUCCACCCUCAGCCUUAGCCAAUCAGAGCUGGAGCACAUCUCCAUGGAACUGGCCAAUAAGGGCCCUCACAAGUCCCAGGUGCAGCUCAGGUAUCUCCUGCACGUGUUCAUGGAGGCGGGCUGCUUGGACUGGUGCGUUGUGAUUGGUCUGAUUCUGCGGGAUGUGAAUGUUAUUAAGCAGGUGGUCGGGUUCCUGGACAGUCCGGAGGUUCCGGCCGAAACCGUCCAGAGCAUCCGCACGGGCCUGCUGGCCGUCGACCAGUGGGCCUCCUCGGACUGUCUGGGUUAUAAGCCGUUCCUGAACCUCAUUCGUCCUCAGCUGCAGAAGCUGUGUGAUGCGUCAGUGGAGCAGGUCCAGCCUGAAGCCUUCCAGCCGUCCAGCAUGUCUAAGCUGGCCGAGCCGGCACUGCCGCGGGCCGAGCCGUGCCCCGCCCCCCUGGGCCUCCCCCUGCCCCCGGACGCCUCCACCGGCUCCGGCGCCCGCAACAUGGAGGACGCCUGCGAGGACGAGCCGGAGGAGGAGGCCGUGGAGGAAGGAACGUACGACUGCACCCUGUCAUGACCUUCGACCUCCACUGAGACGGUGGGGGCUUCUUGUGGUGAUCUUAAAGCGACAGUUCGGCCAAAAAUUCACACGUAGUCGAUCAGCCAAGACGUGUUUCGGGCUUCUUUAGUUAGAGCUACGAGGCUAAUUUGGCUAACUGCUAGUGGAAGCUAAUUUUCCAGCAGUUAGCAUCUACAGAACACAGCCUUCAGUACGGCUGCUGCCUUUAGCUACGCUAGUCCCUGUUUAUAGAUGACAGUAACCGGUCUCAGCAGUUAGCAUCAUGCUAACUGGCAGGCUAUAAGCUUUGAAUACCAGCUACGUUAGCCUCACAGCUCCAGCGCAGAACUAAAGAAGCUAACUUGGCCUUGGUUUGGAGAAAAGGCGGCAAUUUAGUUUCAUUUUUAAGCAGUUUUUGUUGCCGAACCUUCGCUUUAAGUGUUUAUAAAGGCUGACUGUGGAUAGGUGUCCUCUCCAGCGGAGAGAGAGAGAGAGCGCAGGACUGUUCCGUGAUCAGCCGAGGCGUCUCUCCUCACAGGGACUUCGAGAGGACUGGCCCCGACUGGUCCCGACUUUUAAGUGGUCUCUCUUGCGCCACUAUAACGUUGUUUGAGUGCAUGUAGCCUUUUUACUUUCAUGUGUGCUACUCAGCAGAGACAGACGUUGCGUUUCUGUCUCGUUCCGGUCGAGUUUGCACCCAUCCGGACUGCAGUGUGUGUGUAAAUGUGUGUGUCGUGUUAUGCUGCCGUCUAACACCACCAGUAUUAUCCCCUCUUAUUCAUCAUGUGGGCUCAGAAUGGAGGGAUGUGCCUUUGUUUACAUCCUGAUCCAUCUCUGUGACAGGAGGCUUAUAAAGGCUGAAAAGGCCACUUAGAAAAGGCUAGCAUGGCUAAUAAUGACUGAAAGCUAAUAGCGGCUAGUUAGCGCCGUUCACUUGCAUAGUGCUAACUAGCGGCUGUUCUCUUUCUUUCUUUAUUAGCAGUGUUAGCGCUGCUCCUGCUGCUUUACUGCUUGAAACUCAACAAAUUAGCUCAUCCAGAAUGCUAAUGUUGCUAAUUCUCUAAUUCUGAUCUCUCUCUGCUCCGCCCACAAAUGCAUAGCUGCUCUGCAAGCUUAUCAGAGCGCUAUAAGUCUAUACCCAACCUAAGGAGACACUGUUGCACACAGCUAAUAAGUUUAGGGGUCUAAUUAUAUUUAUUUUGUGUGGUUUAAUUUGCUCAGUCAAGCUAACGUUAGCAUAGUGGCAGGCUAACAUUGGCAUAGCCGUUUCAAGCCUGGCCGGUUUUAAUUAGCCACAACAACACAAAGCGGAAACUUGGCAAUAAUAGCAAAGAUUGUAGUGAAUAUCUAAAAUUAUUGACAUUUGUGGGCGGAGCCUGGAUACAUCAGGGUUCAGUGAGCGCUAACUAACGUUCUUUAGCAUUGUUAGCCUUCUUGGAGGGAUGGAUUCAGUUCCUGUAAGUUUAACUGAGCUUCGUACCAAAUUGCCCUUUUUAGGAGGUGUCGACUUUUAUUUUACGCUGUUUUUGUUCAGUUUUUCGUGAUGAUCGUUUUCUCCCAGGUCUCCCUGACGACUAGAAACAGGAGCGCGAAUUGGACAUUUUGCCUACAAACACGGUUCCGAUUCAGCCGCGUGAUCUCCAGUACCUCACUGACCGACACUGUUAGUGCACGAAUCUCCAUCCACCCGUUCCUCCGCGUCUCCAGCCAGAGAACAAAGUCCGUGUUCAGUUUAUUAUGAAACGAGUGACGAUCCUGUCUAAAGCGAGUCUUCAGGCUCCGACGCUCUGCUGUGGGACUCAAACGCCAUCGUUACAUUUCAGUGUGUUGUGGCUGCAGCUGUGGGGGAUCCAGAUAAAGCCUGCCAGCUUUCUUUACUUCACUCUUUGUUUUUGGUUUGGUUUUUUUUGGUCAUUGUCCAAAACUUAUACUGCAGAGUUGCUUUUUUGUUUGGGUUUUUUUUUGUUUUGUUGUGUUUUUGUUUGGGGUUUUUCAUCCAUUAUUGUUAAACUAACACUUCAGAGUUUUUGGUUGUUUUUUUGCCCAUUAUUUUCCAAAACUGACACUUCAGAAUUUUUGUUUUGUUUGUUUUUUGUUUGGGAUUUUUGCCCUUUGUUGUCCAGAACAAUUUUGUUUGUUUUUUGUCCAAAACUAAUAAGUUUUUUGCCCAUUAUUGUUGAAAACUAACACUUGAGAGUUUUUGUUUGUUUUUUGCGCAUUAGUUUCCAAAACUAACACUUCAGAAUUUUUCAUUUGUUUGUUUUAUGUUUUGCUUGGGAUUUUUGCCCUUUUUGCCCAUUGUUGUCCAAAACAAAUACUUUUGUUUGUUUGGUUUUUGUUUUGUUGUGGUUUGUUUUUUGCCCAUUGAUAUCCAAAUACUUCAAAGUUGCCCGCCCCCCCGCAUUAUUUCCAAAAUUAACAUUUUAAAGUCGGGUUUUUUUGUUUUGUUUUGUUUUGUUUUGUUUGAGUGUGUUUUUGUUUGGGUUUUUUCACCAACAUUGUCCAAAACCAACAUUUUAAAGUUUUUUGUUUUGUUUAGUGUUUUUUUGUUUUUUCGUUUCGUUUUGUUUUUGGGGUUUUUUUCACCAACGUUGUCCAAAACUAACAUUUUAAAGUUGGGCUAUUUUUAUUUAUUUAUUUUUUUUGUUUUGUUUUUUUUGUUUUGUUUUGUGUUUGAGAUUUUUUUCACCAAUAUUCUCCAAAACUAACAAGUUAUUUUGUUUUAUUUUUUGCUUACUGUUUUUCAAAACAAACCCUUUGAGUUUUUUUGUGUUACCUUCAGCAUCGUAUUAUUAUAAUGAUGGUAUGAUGGUGGACACACAGAGUGAAGACUGAACUCGGAUGUUUUUGUAUGUAACACAGAGCAUUAGCUGCGGUCGUCUCUGUAAACUCCCCUAUAACGAUGAACAAUCACGUAUUUAGAAGAGAAUUCGUUCCACAUUUAGCGGCUUAUUUAACGUGUGACGAAGCUCCAGCCGAGCGUUUGAGUCUAUUUAUUCCCAUAAUGGUCGUGAGUGAGUGUACAUGUGUAUGGAAUCGUUAUUGAUGAUAGCAUUUUGGACUCAUAUAUCUAUAUUUUGUUGUAUUUGUUGCUACAGCCUGGUCAAUAGCAUUAUUAUUAUUAUUAUUAUUAUUAUUAUUAUUAUUAUUUUUAUUAUUAUCACUAUCUUGUUAUUGCUGUUUGUGAUCUGAGUGCAUUGAUUAGUUGUAGUUAUUUAUUGGAGGAGAGAUUUGUGCGUCCCUGAGAAAUCACUUCAUUUCACUCUUCAGAGUUUGAAGAGUCGUAACUCGGAUCGUAGUGACUUCCCUCCAUAUCUUAUUCUCUUAUCGAGGCACAUUACUGAAUUUUGAAACAAAGCGAUGACCAACAGGAAGUGGUGGACACGAAUGACAUGAAUGACCCUUACUAUAAACAGAGGCAGGAGUCUGGGGGAAAAUGACUGACAGGUCCCAUCAAAUUAUUUAUCUUCCUAGUUAAUAAAACGAUUUAAAAACCUAUUAAAUAUGAAAGAUUUUGCUCAGAGUCAUAUAAAAAAAAACUCAGUAAAUACAGUAAGAACUGGAAAACAAGAGUGCACAUUAUUCCAGUUGUCUCGUCCAGGCUCCGCCCACAAAUGGGCUCGGUCAUAGCUACUGUAACGUUGGACAAACUUCACAGAACGCUGAUAAAAAUCCCAUUCAAUCCCAUUCAGACUCAGUUUGUAUCACAAUACCUACAUUUAGAGUCGGUUAUUCAUUCAGCCUAAUGAGAAACUGUAGAACAGACUCAGUUUAAAUCACAAUACCUACAUUUAGAGUCAGUUAUUCAUUCAGCCUAAUGAGAAACUGUAGAACAGACUCAGUUUAUAUCACAAUACCUACAUUUAGAGUGAGAUUUCAAAUAAUAUUUAUGGUAUAUGAUACUUAGGGUGGCUAAUUUGUAGUCUAGAAACUCGAAACCCAGCAUUAUGUUCUGACAACAAGUUUCUCCUUAGGUUGAAAUGAAUAACCGGCUCUAAAUGUAGGUAUUGUGAUAUAAACUGAGUCUGAAUGUGAUUAUCAGCGUUCUGUAGAAUUUGCCCAGCCUCUCAACAGUAGCUAUGAUUAGAACAGUUUUGUGGGCGGAGCCUGGAUGAGACAAAAGCGCAGUGACUCCCUCUUUUUGUUUUUGUUUUUUUUGUUAAAAUCAGUAUUAUAGUGGUUAAUCUUUGUGCAAUCUUAAGGAUCAUCUGUUUCGUUUUUAUUUCUUUUAAUCUGAUCCCUGUCCUGUUCUGCUCUGUGCUGUUCUGUGCUGUUCUGUUGUGUUCAGACGGUUGUUUUUCUGCCUCUCUCUGCUCCUCAGGAAACGCUGCAGACAAAUAUGGGAUGUUUUAUUAAAGUUGCUUUGGGCUUCUGUAAAAAUGUCAUUUAGCUGACGCUGCUGUGCUGCUGUCCCGUGUUCAUCUUUCUGUUUUUGCUUUAUUUCUGCUGAAGGUCUUCAGGCUGAGUGACCGACAGACAGCAGUGCGUUUGUUCAUAUACGGCCGUUACGGUGUUGUUGUGCUGACCAAAGAACUAACUGAGGCCCACAGUAUCUGCUCUAUGUGCAAGUUUUGAGGAUGUUAAUAUGCAAAGUGCUCCAAACCACAUUGUCUGAGAGAUCCCCCGUUUCGGGACGCGACCAGUGGAGACGGCACGGCCUGUCGGAAACUGUGGAGCGGAAUCGUUUGAAGUCGUUUCAUUUUUCCCAAAAAGCGGACGUGCAGAGCGGUACUCGUUUCAUUUUUCACGCAGGGGCUACGGGACGUUCCUGAACCUGGACGGAAGAAGGACUCUGAGCUUUUUCUUCCUGUGUACAGUUUCAUAACCUCCAGCGAUGCAGGAGCGCGUCCUCAGUGCGGUGUAUAGUGACAGUUUUCUUGUACGAUAACUUUUUCUACCAAGUUCUUGUUUUCUAUAUUUUCCUGUACAUAAAGAAAAAUAAAUUAUUUUUAAAAACAA